ACUAAAACGUUAUUAUUGUCAUUAUCAUAUCUGAAAGAAUAUCGAGUAUACAUUAGUAAAAAUUAAAGCAAUGGAAUCGAUGAUCUUAAAAAAUUAAGAAGGCUACGACUUUCUAAUUUUCGAUAAGCAGCAGUGUAUGUUAAAUUCAAAUAUUAAAUGAACAAUAAACAAUUUUAAAUAAAAUUAUUCAAAUAAUUUUUAUGAUGAAUUUAGAUCUAAAUUUAGCAAUAAAAUUGCGAACGGUAGGGACCAGCGAUCACGGGUCAUAAGGUAGGGCGAGCGGGACUAGGGGCGCGCGGCGGGCGGGGGGAUCUGCGCGGAGUUUAUUGACGGCGCCCCCCUCCCGGCCCCCUACCACCCGCCCGCUUCAAGUUCAAGGUUGUGUCGGCGCGCGCCGCGGCGCAGUGCGAGGGAGUCCGGCCCGCGCACCGGUCGUCAGCCCUCAUCGCAGUCGCUAUGUCAGUGCGUCGUUCGCCAGUCCGUCACGAGAACUCGAGCGUCGCUCACUCUCCGCUCUCACUACUAGCAACUCGCUGACUUCGACUCAAACAUUGGAUUACCACAACUUCAAUAACGGAUUACAGUGUUUGUGUUCAAAAAUAAAUAAAUUGACUUGUGCUAUGUGACACUUAUUAAAACUGACUACAACAUAAAGUUACCAAUUUAGUUAUCAGUGGCCAUCGGCUGUGAAUUCCUAGUUAUUAGUGUAAAAUAAACAUGGUCUCAGACAUGGGAGAAGAUUUACCAAUACUGAAGGGGAUCCUCAACGGAGUUGUGAAAUAUCACAAUGCUCCGGAGCCGCAAGUCUCCGCCACCCCCCACCCCGACCUACUAUAAAUUCAAUAAACUAUGUAGUUAAUGAUCGUUCGCAAAUCGGUUUAAUAUAUGUGAUAAUUCGGUUAAGACGCGUGCGUGCGUGCGUGGCCGGUGCGGGACGAGGAGAGCGCAAUAGACUGAAACAUAAUUUAAGACUAUAUAAGUAUAAUUUAUAAUGCAAUGCAGCGCCGGUCGCGGUGUGUUUGUGUGUGUAUUGUAUGUGCGUAUGUGAGCGUGCUCAGUCAUUUGUUUGUUAAUAUAAUGACAGGUUGUCGAAUUAAAAUAAAACAAACUUGUAAAAAUUU